AUGUUUCACUCAGCAACCCGAACACUCAAGACCCAGGAUGGCUACACCUGGACUCACGCAACUGGGGUAAAAAAAGGCAACCUCCGUUGCAGAGGGGUCAUCAAGCCCAACAACAACCGCACCGCCCCGGCAGCAGGUCAUCUCUACGAAGUAAUUGUCGUUGGGGUGGGCUAUGCAGGUCUAAUCGCCGCCCGCGAUCUGGGAGAGCAGGAUGAAAUUCUAGGUCGAUCUGUGCUGCUGCUAGAAGCGCGUGAUCGUAUUGGUGGGCGGACUUAUACAGUCGAGGAAGAUGGUCUCCUCUACGAAAUGGGCGGAACCUGGGUGACCCAUCACAUGGCCUACCUCUUCAAGGAGAUGAUCCGCUACAAGAUGGACCGCGAUCUCACACUGACCCACAGCCGGGAGCACGAGAAUGACUACUACACCAUGAACGUGCCCGGCGCCAUGCCGCGCAAGGUCACCCACGAAGAGAGCGGCGAGAUCGUCUCCUGGGCGUGGGACCUGUUGGUCAAUGUCGACGGCCAGAACUGCUGCCGCGUCUGCCCACUUCCACACGCUCAGUUGGGCAACAUCCUCGUGCAACGGGAGGAGGUCGAUCGACUGGACCGACAUCUGCUGACGGCUGAGGAAGCGGGGAUGCUCGUCGCCCUCCUGCUGCACAUCUCCGGCGGCAGCCUAGACAACUCGAGUCUGUGGGAUAUGAUCCGCUCGCAUGUGCUCACGUCGUACAGCUCGGAGAACUUCGCGCCGAUUUGGACGACCUUCAAGCUGCGCGAGGGCCACUCCGAGCUGGUGCGACGGAUGUUCGACGAUGCAGUCGACCACGGGCUGCAGUACUGCUUCCGUACGGCGGUGCGGACAAUCGCUGACCGUGGCAAUUCGGGGCAAGUCACCACGGCAUCGGGCACAAUUUAUCAGGCUCGUCGACUCAUCAGCACGAUUCCCCUCAAUGUGCUCCGGCAUAUCGAGUUUAGCCCCCCGCUCUCUCCUAUUCGCCAGGAAGCGAUCAAUCUCGGGCACGUCAACUUCAUGACCAGGGUCCACGCCGAGGUAGCUGGCCCGGGGCUAGCCUCGUGGAACGGCAUGCGGUUUCCGAUUUUGUUGAUGUUUGGGUACGGGGACGGGCUCACAGAGAGAGGAAAUACCCAUAUCGUGGGGUUCGGGAAGGAUGAGCGGGGCGAGUAUAUCCCGGAGCGUGAUCCAGAGAAGACGAUUGUUGCUUUCCAGAAGCUGCAUCCAAUGGAGGUGAAGAAGAUGGUCUUUUAUAACUGGUGUACCGAUCCGUGGUCUCAGGGUGGCCCCGCCUGGUGGCGUCCGCAGUACAUGUCCAAAUAUCAGGAUGAACUACAGUCUCGCCACGGCAACGUGUUCUUUGCCUCAGCAGACUGGGCGCAUGGAUGGAGAGCGGCGCUUGAUGGGGCCUUGGAGCAGGGCUCGUUGGCCACGCAGGAGGCGGGGAAGGAGGACAUUAGACUUGACUGGAUCAGCAGGUCAACACGGCUUGUCAAGGUCUAUUUCCAUUCCAGUAAGAUGGCUCCACGUCCGUUCUUUGAUCUGAUGAAUGCUCUGACAGCGCUCAAUGUCGAUAAGUUCAAGUCAUUCGAUGUCAUCACCACGCACUACAAACAGUAG